AUGUUUACUGUGCCAAAUUGUCAACCAGCUAAGGAACUUUAUGGCUCGCUAGAAGUAAAAUUGCAUACAAAUGUAGGGGAUUUGGAAGCAAGUAGAAUACUUGAACAACGUCUUCAAUUACUGGGAAUAAAAAAUUCUAUAGUGCAGGAGAAAGUAGACGUAAAAACUUCUUCUGAAUCGAAUAAUUCAAAUAAGCAAAUCACUCUGCUAAUGAAUUCAUUUGAACCGAUAAUUUUUGCGCAGAAAAUACGUACAGAUGAAGAAACAAAAGUAAGAAAAUGUUCAAUUCGAUUAUGGUUAUGGCAUCAAUAUUUAUCACGAAAUGGAUGUGAUAAUGUUAACAUGUGCGCAUGCAAUGCAUCCAGAAUGUGUGCAAGAAAUGCGUCAAAAUCGAAAUGGUUGUCAAAAAUGUGA